GCAGGGCGUGCGGGCGGGCGUGCGGGUGGCUGGCCGGCUGGACGCCUGGCCCCGGCCGGGGCGGCGAUGUGGGGAGGCCCGGGUAGCCCCGGCGGCCGCGCGGACGGGGGCGGAGCCGGGGGCGCCGCGGACACCGCCCCCCUGCGCCGGCGGAGCCGCCGCCCCAGCGCUGACCCGGGAGCCCGAGGCGGCGGCGGCGUGAGGGACCCCGAGGACGCGGCCAUGCCGGGCGGGGCCGAGGCCGGGGAAGCUGAGGAGGAGGCCGGGGCCGGCUCGGGGUCUGAGGCCGAGGAGGACGCGCUGUGGGAGCGGAUCGAGGGCGUCCGGCACCGGCUGACGCGCGCCCUCAACCCGGCCAAGCUCACGCCGUAUCUGCGCCAAUGCCGGGUCAUCGACGAGCAGGACGAGGAGGAGGUGCUGAGCACCUACCGCUUCCCGUGCCGCGUCAACCGCACCGGGCGCCUGAUGGACAUCCUACGCUGCCGUGGCAAGAGGGGCUAUGAGGCCUUCCUGGAAGCCCUGGAGUUCUAUUACCCCGAGCACUUCACGCUGCUCACAGGCCAAGAACCUGCCCAGCGCUGCUCCAUGAUCCUUGAUGAAGAGGGGCCAGAGGGCCUAACCCAGUUCCUGAUGACAGAGGUGCGGCGGCUGCGGGAGGCUCGCAAGAGCCAGCUCCAGCGGGAGCAGCAACUGCAGGCUCGGGGCCGGGUCCUGGAGGAGGAGCGGGCAGGCCUGGAGCAGCGCCUGCGAGAGCAGCAGCAGGCCCAGGAGCGCUGCCAGCGGCUGCGGGAGGACUGGGAGGCGGGCAGCCUGGAGCUGCUGCGGCUCAAGGAUGAGAACUACAUGAUCGCCAUGCGCCUGGCCCAGCUUAGCGAGGAGAAGAACUCGGCCGUGCUGCGCAGCCGGGACUUGCAGCUGGCGGUGGAUCAGCUCAAGCUCAAGGUGAGCCGGCUGGAGGAGGAGUGCACGCUGCUGCGCAGGGCCAGGGGGCCCCUGCCCGGGGCUGAGGAGAAGGAGAAAGAGCCGGACAGUGCAGACCUCGUCUCCGAGCUGCGCGCCGAGAACCAGCGGCUGACGGCAUCACUGCAGGAGCUGCAGGAAGGCCUGCAGCAGGAGGCAAACCGGCUGGGGGCCCCAGGUUCGGAGCGCAUCCUCCUGGACAUCCUGGAGCAUGACUGGCGGGAGGCACAGGACAGCAGGCAGGAGCUGUGCCAGAAGCUGCAUGCUGUGCAGGGGGAGCUGCAGUGGGCCGAGGAGCUGCGAGACAAGUACCUGCAGGAGAUGGAGGACCUGCGGCUGAAGCACCGCACGCUACAGAAGGACUGCGACCUGUACAAGCACCGCAUGGCUACCAUCCUGACGCAGCUGGAAGAGAUCGAGAAGGAGCGGGACCAGGCCAUCCAGAGCCGCGACAGGAUCCAGCUGCAGUACUCGCAGAGCCUCAUUGAGAAGGACCAGUACCGCAAGCAGGUGCGGGGCCUGGAGGCCGAGCGGGAUGAGCUGCUGACCACACUCACCAGCCUGGAGGGCUCCAAGGCCCUGCUGGAGGCGCAGCUGCAGCGGGUCCAGGGCGGCUCCUGUCUCAAGGCCUGUGCCUCCUCCCAUUCCCUGUGCUCCAACCUCAGCAGCACCUGGAGCCUGAGCGAGGUCCCCCCCCCGCUGGGAGGCCCGGAGGCAGCUGGGGAUGUGGCUGCCUUGGGGGGAUCUGAGCCCCACACUUCGGAGGAGGCCACAGACAGUGAGAAGGAGAUCAACCGGCUCUCCAUCCUGCCCUUCCCCCCCAGCGCGGGCUCCAUCCUCCGCCGGCAGCGCGAGGAGGACCCUGCGCCCCCUAAGAGGUCCUUCAGCAGCAUGUCGGACAUCACAGGGAGUGUGACGCUCAAGCCCUGGUCCCCUGGCCUCUCCUCAUCCUCGUCCUCUGACAGCGUGUGGCCUUUGGGAAAGCCGGAGGGCUUCCUGGCCCGAGGCUGUGGCCUGGAUCUCCUCAGCAGGUCUCUGGCCAUCCGAGUGUCUGGCCGCAGCCCCCCGGGGGGGCCCGAGCCUCAGGACAAGGGCCCAGAUGGCCUGUCAUUCCUUGGGGACAGCUGGUCUGGGGCCAUGGUGCGGAGGGUGCUCUCCGGGCCCGGGUCUGCCAGGGCAGAACCAAGGGAGUCAACGGUGGAGGCUGCUGGCUUGGAUGGGGCAGGCCUGGAAAGCGAGGCCCAGCAGAGAAACUUGCUCUUGAACCACAUGUCCACCCUCCACUUCCUGAUGGACUUCAAGGCCUGUCAGUCCUUCCAUGAGGCCCUGGACUCCUGGACAAAGGGGCUGAGCUCUGAGCCCUUCUACAUUCGAGCCAACUUCACCCUGCCUGAGCGGGCAGACCCCCAUGCCCUGUGCGUGAAGGCCCAAGAGAUCCUACGGCUGGUGGACCCGGCGUACAAGAGGCGGCAGGAGUGGUUCUGCACACGGGUCGAUCCCCUCACCCUGCGGGACCUGGACCGGGGCACUGUGCCUAAUUAUCAGAGAGCCCAGCAGCUCUUGGAAGUUCAGGAGAAAUGCCUGCCCUCCAGCCGGCACCGAGGGCCCCGCAGUAAUCUGAAGAAGCGAGCCCUGGACCAACUUCGGCUGGUGAAGCCCAAGCAUGUGGGGAGCCCUGCAGGGGACUCCCUGGAGCAGCUACUGCUAGAGCCCUGCUCAGAGCCAGAGCAGAGCCUCAAACCCUACAGCCUCGUGCGGCCAUUGCUGGUGUCUGCCCUGCGGCCCGUGGUGCUCUUGCCUGAGUGCCUGGCACCCCGGCUCAUCCGCAACCUGCUAGACCUGCCCAGCUCCCGGCUGGACUUCCAAGUUUGCCCAGCAGAAAGCCUCUCUGGGGAGGAACAGUGCACAUCCUCAGCACCUGGAGCCCCCAAGGCCCGGCCUGCCACCCUUGGGCUGGGCAGCAGGAUCCGAGCCAUCCAGGAGUCUGUUGGGAAGAAGAAACACUGUCUGCUGGAGCUGGGUGCCCGGGGUGUGCGGGCGCUGGUCCAGAACGAGAUCUACCCCAUCGUCAUCCACGUGGAAGUGACUGAGAAGAAUGUCCGCGAGGUCAGGGGUCUGCUGGGCCGGCCGGGCUGGCGGGACUCGGAGCUGCUGCGGCAGUGCCGCAGCUCCGAGCAGGUGCUCUGGGGGCUGCCCUGCUCCUGGGUGCAGGUGCCCGCCCACGUGUGGGGCCACUCGGAGGAGCUGGCCAAGGUGGUGCGCAGCCGCAUCCUGCAGGAGCAGGCCCGCCUCGUGUGGGUGGAGCGUGGCAGUGUCCGGGGCGGUGGUGCCAGCGGCAGCAGCGAGGCCUGAGGGGCCCGUCCGAUGCCCAGGACUUCCUCAUGCACUUCAGAAGCUGCCAGCGGGACCCUGGUGUCUGUGGAGCUGGGUCCUGCCCAGCCUGAGCCUUCCUGGACCCCUGGCCUCUGGGACAUGGGGCCUCGGCUCUGGGCCCUGUCCCGGAGGGAGCCUGUGGGAGCCCUUGGCGCGGAGCUUCCACUUGCCCCGUCCAUGCUGCUCUGGGCCUUCCGUGUGCCCAUGUCUCUGUGUUCCCACCCUGGGUCUCAUGCACAUGUCUGUCUUCUCUGUCAUUGCUCACCCCGAGCAUCUGAGUUCUCAUUCCUUUGCACAGGUUUACAUGCCCAAGUUCUCACAUAGCAGGCCCACGUUCUGUUCCUCCCCUGGGCAUGUGGGGUCUCCCGGGUCCUCAGCCUGAUCUGCCACUGGAGCCCCAAGCCUGUCCUGCGUGACUCCUACUGGUCCAGUUCACAUUUUCGUGUAAACAGCCGCAUGUGGGGAUCGUGGCUUCCCCAGUCCAUUGUCAUUUGUGUUUGUGUCUUCAGCCCCAUGUGUCUGUGGUUCUGUCCUAUGUACACGUCAUGCCCCACCUCCGUGACACUUGGGCACUAACACUUGUGUGUUCCUGACGAGCACACUCAGGACCAUGUUCUCACAGCGCCUGCUCCCUGCUGUCACUCACCUCUCAGAGGGAUGGGUGCGGAUGGGGCCUGCUGCUCCGGGACCAGAAUGUAUAGCUCGUGGAUUUCUAACGGGCCUUUUUCACUUAGAAACUGCACAUUAUGGAACAUUAAACACUUUGUCAUAGAA